GGAAAAUGAAAGCUCAGCAAACAACGUAAAGUUCGAAUAACAGUCUUCUCAUUCAAUCUAGUGAAAAUCGUAUAAAUCUACCUACAUUUCUACUGAAUCAUGAUGAGAGAGGAACUGCUACAUUUCUUCUUGUAAUCAGUAGUAGCACGGCAAAGGUGACUGUUUCGAUUUUGAAGAUGACCAAGGCGGUUAUGGCGAAAGAUUCAGGCGACUUGUCAACCUCCAAAUCUUCUAAGUUCACUCCUCAGACGCUACUUGUUGUCUUCUGUGUUGUCAACUUGUUAACUUAUGUGGAUCGUGGAUUGAUAGCAAGCAAAGUUGUGAAUCAGGCAAUAGUGGAUGCUUUUAAGCUGAGCAACUUUCAAGAUGGUAUUCUAUCUUCUGCUUUCUCAAUUGGAAUUCUUUUGGCAUCUCCUCUGUUUGCAUCCCUGUCAAAGAGUGUUAAUUCUUCUAGGCUAAUCGCAAUUGGAUUAGCCACGUGGUGUUUUGCUGUUGCUGGUUGUGGAUUAUCAUUUAGUUUCCUGUCUCUCGCUUUCUGCCGAAUGCUAGUAGGCACUGGAGAAGCUUCUUUUAUGAGUCUGGCUGCUCCAUUUAUUAAUGAAAAUGCUCCAUCUGCUAAGAGAUCAAUGUGGCUUGGGACGUUUUACAUGUGUGUACCAUCUGGAGUUGCUUUGGGCUAUGCCUAUGGUGGAUUUGUAGGGAAUCAUUUUGGUUGGCGUUCUGCAUUCUUUGGAGAAGCCAUUAUAAUGCUCCCAUUUGCUAUUAUAGGCUUCUUAAUGAAACCUACACACUUGAAAGAUUUUACUCCUAUUUCAAGAAAAGAAAUAACAUCUGAGGGAACAUCUACCUUGGAAGUGAAAGAUGCUGCAGCUAUUAAUGUUAGCAAAGUACCCAAGAAUGAGAAUGCAGUAAACCGAAGGUUUUUGCAAGAUGUGAAAGCGCUUUUCCGAGAAAGGGUUUAUGUGGUGAACAUUCUGGGUUACAUCGCAUACAAUUUCGUCAUAGAUGCAUAUUUAUACUGGGGACCUAGAGCUGGUUAUGUCUAUGGAAUUAAUAAUGCAGGAGUUGUUUUUGGAGGGAUUACGGUUGUUGGUGGGGUGGUUGGAACUGUAGCUGGAGGUUAUGUUCUUGGUCGUAUGUCUUCCACAAUCUCCAAUGCUUUUAAGCUCCUCUCAACAGCAACCUUUUUGGGUGCUAUCUUUUGCUUCGCCGCCUUCUGUUCCAAAGGAGUCUACACUUUUGUGGUUCUUUUCUCAAUUGGCGAGCUAUUUGUGUUUUCUGUGCAGGGACCAGUAAAUUACAUUACUCUUCAAUGUGUAAAACCAAGUCUGAGACCAAUGUCAAUGGCUAUAUCUACCAUUGCAAUUAAUGUAUUUGUGCCUUGGUCACCACUUGUUGGAAUUCUUCAGGAUCAUACUAACAACUGGAGGAUCACAUCUCUUAUUUUAACAUCUGUUCUCUUUCUGGCCGCCAUAACAUGGUUCACAGGGAUCUAUAUCCAUGGAAAGGGUAGAGUAAUAGAGGAUAGCGAGGAUCCUGCAGUGGUAACUGACGAGUCUCUCAAAAAGCCUUUGAUUGAAGAGAAGAAAGUGAAAAAAGAUGAAACUUCUGGUGAACCUUAAGCCGAAACAGAAGUGCAAGAAUUAAAUGCUGGAAUAUGUCGGAUAAUGCUUUUUUUAAAGUUUUGUAUUAUCUAUAAUGCUAAUUGUUACUCCCUGUUUCUUCCAUCGCUUGGAUUGUUUAUUGGGUGAAGAAAACCUUGUAUACUUACUUUGCCCAAGCGACCAAUAACAAGUUAUAUUACCUGUUGGGAACUUUCUUUACAUUUUGUAUUGUAAUAUGAUAGCUAAACUGUUACUAUAAGCUUUGUAGAAGAAAAUAAGUCUUUCAAAGAAUAAAGUUUUUAUGUGCUUAUGCA